AAUGUUGGAAAGAGUGUAAUGUAAUCAUCACGUUUCAAGAGAAGCAUAUUUCGUGUUGGGUAUAAAUAGCAGGAUUCGUCUUGAAACUCUGAAACUUUGACCCCAAAUAUUUUGGAGUGAUCGACUCUCAUUACGCUAAAUCUAUUGAAUUGAUCGGGUUUAUUCUCUCUACUGUUCGUUGCGGCUUUGUUUUUAUUAGGGUUUUCUUCCAGCCAACUUACCGAUCUACAGAUCAGCGAAUCAACUUCGAUUUGAGGAUUUUCUAAUUCAGCUAAGAACUCAGUCGUGAAAGGAAUGGAAGACUGCUGUGCUGUUUGUGCAGAACCACUUGAGUGGUUGGCGUAUGGUCCAUGUGGCCACAGUGAAGUAUGCUCAACAUGCACUGCAAGGUUGCGGUUUAUUCUUGAUGACAAAUGUUGUUGCAUUUGCAAACAAGAGUGCCCAACUGUUUUUGUAACUAAGGCUUUAGGAGACUAUACAAAGUCAAUAAAGGAUUUCAUUGCCCUGUCAGCUGGUGCAAAUGAUGGGAAAGUUGGCGAUAACUGGUUUCAUUCAGACACUCAAGCUUAUUUUGAUGACGAGCAACAUUACAAAAUGAUCAAAGCUAUGUGCAGGUUGAGCUGCAGUGUUUGUGAAAAAAAUUCCUUGCCUAAAGAUUCAGGAAAUGAGUUGCAGAAACGGGAUAGAGAGUUCAAACACAUAGAUCAGUUAAGGAGGCACUUGUAUCAUGUUCAUAAACUUAGUAUGUGCAACUUAUGCCUGGAAGGCCGAAAGGUCUUUGUUGGUGAACAGAAGCUUUAUACCCGGGCACAGCUAGAUCGGCAUUUAUCAAAAGGUGAUUCAGAAGUGGAUGGCAGUGAAAUAGAAAGAGGAGGUUUUAUGGGCCAUCCAAUUUGUGGUUUUUGCAGGAAGAGAUUCUAUGGAGACAAUGAACUUUAUAUGCAUAUGCAAACAGAACAUUAUACUUGCCACAUAUGCCAAAGAAGCCGCCCUGGCCACUAUGACUACUAUCAAAAUUACAAUGCUUUAGAGGCACACUUCAGUCAAGAUCACUUCCUAUGCGAAAAUCCGGAUUGCCUUGCAAAAAAAUUUAUUGUCUUUUCAUCAGAAUCUGAGUUGAAGAGGCAUAAUGCAAGUGAGCAUGCUGGAAAUAUGUCACGCUCUCAACGCAAUGCUGCACUUCAAAUUCCUGUUAGCUUUCAGUAUAGGCGAUCAGGAGAUGAGCAUGAGUUCCGUCGAGGCAGUAGAGGACAAGGACGAGGACGUGGACACAACUUGAAUGAUCACCUUUCUGCAACUGAUAUAUCUAGCGCUGAGAUACAAAAUGUACAGAAAGCUAUUCACAAUUCUAUGUUGACUGCUUCGGCUGAGAAUGUAGUUGAUUCUAUGAACCUUGAUCCAAUGCCUUCAUUCCUUUCCUCCGAGGCAGUGGCAAGCUCUUCUACAAUUCCAUUGGCAAAUGCUCCUCCCAGGUAUCUUACAGCAGUAAGUCAAAGAUCAGUUAAUUCUGCUCUUGUGGAAUCUGCCUUCCCUCCCCUUCCAGGAAUAUCAGAAAAUGUAGGGCAGACUUCUCCCAGGUAUCGUAUGUCAGCAAAUCGAAGAGGUCUUAAUUCCUCUCUUGAGGAAGCUGCCUUCCCUCCCCUUAAUAGAGAGUCUGAAAAUGUGGGGCAGACAUCUAAAACCAAGGGAAAGAAGUCUACCAAGUCUAUGGCUUCAGUUUUGCGUGGCAAUGGAGGACAUGCCAGAGUUCUUAAUGUAGCAAGAUCAAGACAGACUGUGGAUCCAUCAAUCUUUUCCUCCUUACAAUCUGUAAGCUCAUUUGUCAAUCAGACAACUGUCAAUCGGACAAAUGUCAAUCGGACAAGUAGUCGGAAUUUGAACCAUUUGAAGAGACCAGUAAUGAUUAAUACUAAUGGAGCACAUCCAAGAGUGUCUGCUAUUGCAAAUGAUAGAGAGAUGGUGCCACAGUCAGAUGAGUUUCCUCCUAUUUUAGUGACACAGAAUGUGUCGACUCUAUCUGUAACUGAAAACCAAAGCACUGCUACAAACAAAAUGCCUUUGCUAAGUGCGGAGGAGACACGUGCUUCAAACAGAGCACUAAUUGGGAGUAUUCGAUCAGGUUUGGGAGGUGAUAAAAAACAAUUUGAAGUAUUUAAAGAUUUAUCUGCUCAGUUUCGCAAUGGUACAAUCAGUGCUAAAAAGUAUCAUACACAUAUUUCACAGCUGGGCUUGUCACAUCUUGUACUUGAGCUGGCAAGGUUAUGUCCUGAUAAAGAUAAGCAAAGAGAACUUCUAGAGGCUAACAAUGUUGUGAUGAAAAAUUCGCAGAAUGCUGCAAGUCAAAUCACAAGUCAAAUUAUGAGAUUGAAUACCUCAAAUAACAUUAACAGCCAUUGGAAGGGAAAGAAAGUUGAUGCCGAUUGUAGUGAAGAAGCAACACCCUGUUUGGUUCCAGAUUCUACUCAUCGUGUGGGAAAUACGUCUGAUCAAUUAGAGGUACUAUCUAAGAAUGGGUACCGGACUACAAAAGGAAAAUCUAAGCCAUGGGAAACUAAUGCUUCCAGUAUAGUGUCUGGAGCUAGUGGUUUAUCCUCUGAUGAGCAAGUUGAUCAGCGUCAAAUGCCACCCCCCAUGCCCGACAAGCUGAAUUUAUCCUUUGGUGAAAAAUGGGCGUGCAAUGUAUGCACUCUACUGAACAGUCAACAUAGCAUGCUUUGUGUUGUCUGUGGGUCAGAGAGACCUGAUGACAAAGUUAAGGAACCAAACCAUGGAGGAAAAGAGAAACAGAAAAAAAGACAUUGAAAUCUCAAAGAGUUAAGUUGGCUGAUUUUUCAGUUAAUGAGAGCAGUCAAAAUUCAUCUGGUGUUAGUGUGUGGGGAAAUGGUGGUGGGCAAAAACUUGUAUCUAUGGUUCAAAAAAGUCCUGUUGGUUACUCAGACAAUUCUAAAAGGUGACGUUUACAGGAAAACAGAGGAGUGUCAUUUGCUGAAUAGUUGUGGGGAGAUUUUUUUUUUGUUUUAAUAUAUAGAUGUGACCAUGGCAAUUGUUCAAUUGUAAAACAAUUGCCAUGUUAACUGAGUUGGUCCUGAAAUAUAAUUAAACGUUCAAGGUAGGGUGACAAGUGAGAUGGAUUGAGCAAACAUUCUAAAACCAACAUACAACUGCAUCAUUUGAUUUGGCAGCAUCACUAAGAAAAUUUUGGGAUGCCAUUAUUCUGUCCUGUAUAUUGGUGGGAGGUCAUGUUUAGAAAUGGUAUGUUUACUUGCCGCUUAAAGCCCAAGGAAAUGGUAAAAACAUGUUUUCGUC